AUGGCGAAAGCUCCUCAUCCGGCUUCUUUCUUUCUCCGCCAAUGUCCUGUUAUUGGAAAGAAAAACGAUACAAGAUCAACGCCUUCUUUAAGUGAGUCACCUCACCAGCCUACUGCCAUUCAGUUUCCAAAGCGCCAAUUUGGGAAGAAAAGCGUCGUGUACAGGCCAUUUCAGCCGGCAUGGUUUUUGAGGUGGCAGUGGCUUCACUACGUGGAAGGUGAGGACAAAGUAUACUGUCAUACGUGCGUAAAGGCGUACAAGGAAAAGAAGCUUGUGGCACCCAACUUGGAGUGGUCUUUUAUAUCUCAUGGUUAUACUAAUUGGAAAGACGCCACAGUUAACUUUGCCAAACAUGAGCAGUCUAACUGUCAUGAAGAUGCAGCACUAAAGAUACUGUCUGCUGGCAAGACAAUACCCGAUGUGGGUGAAAGUUUGUCAUCACAGCAUGCCGUGGAGAAAGAAGAACGGCGAGUUUGUUUAUUAAAAAUCAUACAGAAUAUACGUUUUCUUUCACGUCAAGGCUUGGCCUUGCGAGGUGAUGGCAAUGAAGAUGAUUCCAAUUUUUCCCAGCUUCUAAGACUCCGUGCAGUUGAUAGUGAAAGUCUUUCUACGUGGCUGACUAGAAAGACUGACAAGUACACAUCUCCUGAAAUACAAAACGAGCUGCUGAAGCUAAUGGCAUUGAAAGUUUUAGAGAAAGUUGCUGACAAACUUCACAGUGCCAAGUUUUUCACUAUCAUGGCUGACGAAACAACUGACUCCUCUAAUAGAGAGCAGGUAGUUAUUUGCUUACGCUGGGUGGAUCAGUGGUUUGCUGCACAUGAGGAGUUCAUUGGACUGCAUGUGGUAGAUACUGUUGAUGCUAAGACAAUAGUCCAUGUCGUUAGAGAUGUUUUACUUAGACUGAAUUUAUCUCUGAACAAAGCCAGAGGACAAUGCUAUGACGGAGCAGGAGCUAUGGCUGGUAGGAGACAGGACGUGGCAAAGCAGAUUUCUCAAGAAGAACCUAGAGCAAUUUACACUCACUGUUAUGGUCACGCUUUGAACUUAGCUUGUUCUGAUACGGUGAAGCGCUGUGACUGCAUGCACAAUUCUUUGACCACUGCAUAUGAAAUCAUGAAAUUGAUAAAAAAGUCACCGAAGAGAGAUGCUUGUUUACGGCAACUGAAGGACGUCCAUUCACCAGACACCCCUGGGCUCAGGGUGCUAUGUCCAACUAGGUGGACAGUAAAGGCAAAGUCUCUACAAAGCAUUGUAGACAACUACUCAGCAAUUCAGGAACUCUGGGAAGAAUCACUGGGUGACGUCAAAGAGACGGAAAUGAGAGGACGAAUUUUGGGAGUCUCAGCCCAGAUGAAGACGUUUUCUUUUCUCUUUGGAGUUAUGCUGGGAAGAUUGCUGUUUAGUCAUAGUGACAACCUCAGUAGAACUCUUCAACAUACAAACUUUUCAGCUGCCCAAGGACAAGCAGUUGCAUCAAUGACAGUCAGGACUUUGGAAUCUAUGAGAGAAGAUAGUGGAUUUGAGGCAUUUUGGAAGAAGGCAACUGAAACUGCUAGAGAAAUGAUUGUAGGAGAACCUCAAGCACCUCGGCGUAGAAAACGACCACGUAGGCUAGAUCAUUGGAAUGCAGAGCCAGAGUUUCCAGAAACUGCACAGGCCCACUAUAGGAGGAUUUACUUUGAAGCUUUUGAUUUGAUCAUAUCAUGUAUCAAAGAUCGGUUUGACCAACCUGGUUACAGGACAUAUAGCAAUCUUGAAACGUUGUUGCUAAAAAGUGCUGUGAAUGCAGCAUGUGAAGAUGAAUUAAGAGCAGCUCUUGAUCUGUAUUCAGGGGAUUUCAAAUCUGAUUUGCUAAAGACACAACUAGCUAUAUUUGGUACUGACUUCAGUGGUCAUGUACAAGAGGGAUAUCCUGUCACAUUAAUGGAUGUGGUCCAAUAUUUCAAGAAACUGAGUGACGCUGAGAAAGAGCUACUGAGUGAAGUCUCAACAUUAGUUCGAUUGAUUCUUGUAAUGCCAGCUACGAAUGCAGUAAGCGAACGCUCAUUCAGUGCAAUGAGACGAAUCAAGACUUACCUUCGAAGCACAAUGAGCCAAAUCAGGCUUAAUAAUUGUAUGGUACUGCACGUUCACAAGGACCUUACUGAUGAUUUAGAUUUAGCAGAGAUUGGGAAUAGGUUCGUAGCAGGGUCUGAGCACAGGGAAUCACUAUUUGGAAAGUUUACUAAAUAA